AUGUUCGCAAAACUUUCCGUUAACAAGUUAAAAGAUUUUGUCCCUUUUUUCAAUUCCCAUCCAAAAUUUGCAUUAUUUGCCAACGCAGCAAAAUUCGAAAUCGAAAAACGUCUGCCCAAUCAUCCGUGUGAUUUCUACAGCUAUCAGAAAUCUGAAGAAAAUGCAAAGUACUUUUAUUGCUUCCGCCAUGAUCACCUUCCAGAUAGUUGUAGACCGACUCUAAUAGGAAGCGGUCAAACUAUGAUCAACGAGGAUGACGUCAUCUGUGGUCUGGAAAAAAUCAAACACUUGGAACCUGAUUUUAGAAACAUACAAGUUCUUGCAGCGAGUACUGAACUCGCGAAACCGGGAGAAGAUACAACGCCUCCCAACCGCCUGUAUAUUCCACAAGGAUAAACCGAUUACCUUUAUAAUGGUAGGAUUGCAUGGACAGUUAGCUCAUUUGUACACACUACCACAAUAUAGAAAUCGAGGAUUUGGAGCCAUAGCUGAAAACUCGAUUAUUUCGAAAUGUUUUAAAGAAGGAAUCACACCUGUCAAGUCCAUAGAAUUGAGCAAUGGACCGGUGCUGAAGACAUGUUUAGAGCAUCCACUUUAUAAGAUCCUGAAGGAUGAGAAUGAUGGCAGAGGGAUUAUUGAUUACAUUGAAUAUUAUUAGUA